AGCAGCUUUCUAUCAUUACUCUUCGGAAGCAACACCACAAUUUCAUCAACGCCCGCUCGUGCGCGUCCACCCAAAUUAUUUCCUAAGGAAACUUCUUAACAUUAAUGAUGGCGAAAAUAACACACGUCAUCUAGACAUCUUUCCUACUAUACAUCAUCCAGUGGGAAUCUUCCCUCAAAGUUUCCCUGCAAAUUCUCUAUCUUUCUCGCAAGCUAAUUGCGUGGCGGAUUCUGGCUCCUUUAUAAAUGGGGGCAGAGGAGGAAGAAGAAGAACAACAACAAACGCAAAUUAAGCUCAUCUUCUCAGUACGUAUACGAGAAAUCGAAGAUGAUGGAUCAGAAGCUUCUUGAUGCAAUCAAGAAAAACGACACGCCAACGUUGAUAAGGCUAAUUCAAGAGAACGAAGCGGUGUUACAUCAGAGAACAGACAAGUCUCUGAGCACGGCGUUACAUCUUGCUUGUCGAUAUGGCAACAUAGAAGCAGUUUCGGAAAUUGUGAGGUUGUGCCCGGAAAUGGUGGAUGCCGAGAACAAGAAGCAAGACACUCCAUUUCACGAGGCUUGCCAAAAAGGGAACGUGCAGGUCCUAAAAUUACUUCUUGCGGUGAAUCCCAACGGUGUAGCCAAGCUCAACUCCAGCGGCAAAAGUGCCUUUCAUGUAGCUUGCAGCCAUGGCCACCUCGAGAUGGUGCAUCUUCUUCUGCUUAAUCUUCCUGAUACAGACCCAAAGGAACCCAGUUUUGAUGCCACAUGUGUUCACGUCGCUGCUUCUAGAGGACACACUGAUGUUGUGAGAGAACUGAUAGACAAGUGGCCUUAUCUUCUUGAGGUGGUGGACGAUGAAGGGAACUGGCCAUUACACCAUGCUUGUUGCAAAGGGCACAGGGAGAUGGUGUGGAUGCUUCUGAGGCGAGACCCGAACGUUGCUCUACAGUUCAACAACAAUGGCUAUACCCCACUGCACCUGGCGGCCAUUAAUGGCAGGGUCUCGAUCCUGCAAGACUUUGUGUCGUGCAAUGCGGCGUCGUUUCAUUAUCCAACCAGAGAAGAAGAGACCAUAUUCCACCUGGCUGUGAGAUAUGGACACUAUGAUGCUCUGGUGUUCUUGGCCCAGGUCUCCAAUGGCACCAACCUCCUUUACUGUCAGGAUCGACAUGGAAACACCGUCUUGCAUCUUGCUGUUACUGCUGGACGCCAUGCGAUAGCUGAGUUCUUGAUCAACAAGACAAAUCUGGACAUAAAUACUCGGAACAAUGAAGGGGUCACAGCACUAGACAUGCUAGAACAGGCUAGGGACACUUCAGAAAACAGGCAACUUCAAGCCAUGCUCAUCAGAGCAGGCGCCAAAAGAAGCAACCACUUUCCAUCUUCUUCACUUGAACCGCCAGAAGCCUCCAAUAAUUCUCUAUCGCCCAUAACUUCUAGGCUUUCUCUGUCACGAACCCAUGAUAAUAAAUCAAACGAUCUUGAAUUCCCCAAUUAUGAAAUGAUCUCUUAUGAAUCCAUAACCCCCCCAGAAGCCAGCAAAAACACAUCUCCUCAUCCUCAAGCUCUCAACAGAUUUGAGAAUCAAAGUUAUAAAUUUGACGAUUUCCCCCCAGAAAUCGCUCGGAAACACAAGGGUCAGAGCAGAACACAGAGGAAAAACGUCACUGAGAACAUUGAGAUGCAAAGAGAGGCAUUGUUAAAUGCAAGAAACACAAUCAUUUUAGUUACUAUUCUGAUAGCUACUGUGACUUUUGCUGCUGGUAUCAAUCCUCCUGGUGGAGUGCACCAAGAAGGACCCAUGAGAGGGAAAUCAAUGGCGGGAAACGUAACAGCUUUUAAAGUGUUUACAAUUGCAAAUAACAUAGCAUUGUUCACAUCUCUAUCAAUAGUGAUUGUGCUUGUGAGUGUGAUUCCAUUCAGAAAAAGAACUCACAUGAGGAUGCUUGUGGUUGCUCACAAGGCCAUGUGGGUGUCAGUGGCAUUUACUGCAACUGGGUAUGUUGCAGCAAUAUGGGUGAUCUUGCCUCAUGGAGAUGGCCUUCAAUGGCUAUCUGUGGUGCUCAUAGCAGUAGGAGGCGGCUCUCUGGGAGCAGUCUUCAUUGGCCUCACAGUCAUGUUGAUUGAACACUGUUACAGGAAAUCAAAGUGGAGGAAAAGCACAAGGAAGAAUGUGGAGAAGGGAGAUGACACUUCUGGAAGAGAGAGUAAAAACUCAGAUAUUGAGAGUGCUUAUUUACAGGGUUACCAUUCAUACUGAUU